GUUUUCAGACUGGAGAAGGGAGCAUAGAGUUGCAGAACUGAGAGAGGCCUGGAAACACGCAGUGGAGGUGACCCUGGACCCAGAGACAGCUCACCCCCAGCUCUACAUUUCUGAUCUGAUAGCUGUGCGCUAUAGGAACAUUCCACAGGUGGUGACCGACUCGGACAAGAGAUUUGCAUGGAAGUGUGUGGUGGCUUCUCAGGGAUUCCAGGCAGGAAAACAUUACUGGGAAGUGGACGUGGGACACAAUGAAAUGUGGGGUGUGGGAGUGUGCUGGGACGAUGUGAACAGGAAAGUGGUACCUGUGACUUUGUCUCCCAACUAUGGGUACUGGGUGCUCAGACUGACAAGAGAACAACAGUAUCUCACAUUAACCCCCUGUAGAAUCAACCUUUCUCUGAAAACACCUCCUACACGAGUUAGGGUCCUUCUAGACUAUGAGGGUGGAGCCAUCUCCUUCUUCAGUGUAAAUGAUCAGUCCCACAUUUACACCCUGACACGUCAGUUUGAAGGGUUAUUGAGACCCUACAUCCAACAUCAUGUGAGUGAUGAGGAAAACGUGACCUCCAUAUUGAUCUGCCCAGUGUCCCAGGAAUCAGAAAAGAAGAACUUCUGA